UUCUUGAAUUGCAGGGAGUAGAACUUCCUAGGGAAGUGGGCGUGGUUUUCUACCAAAUGUGUCAUACUGUAUUCUUGAAAAAAUAUUAAGGGAGGGAGCUGCUCCCAAGAGAACUAGAAGUUCCCCUACUAUUUACCGAGAGAAGAAGCAAACUUAACCUAGAAUCGGUAGUGUGUUCAUAUCGGUUAGGAACUUAAGUUUGGUGAUAACAAUUUAAUAUAAGUAUUUAAAAUGAAUAUAGACGAUUUUAAUUUAAUAUUAUUGAAUGACAUUAUUAAUGAGAAUAUUGAGGAAGCAGCAGCACAUGUGGCUAUUGGGAGGGACGUUUUGUCUCAGACCAAUCCAUUUGAAUUAUCGGACAGAAAAUUUGUUCAGUUGUUUAGGGUGGAUAAGGACCUGUGUCAUGAAAUAAUUGACAUGGUUAGCCCCUUUUUAAUUCACCCUUCAAGAACCUCUGCUUUGUCUAUACAAACCAAGGUACUUGCUGCUUUGAGGUUUUAUGGUUCAGGCAGCUAUCAAGAAAUUACUGGCUCAAACAGUUUUGUGGCCAUUAGCCAGCCUUCAGUUAGUCGAGCUGUAAAUGAAGUCACAAAUGCCUUGAAUCGGCCUGAAAUUUUAAACAAUGAAAUAAGGUUCCCUCAAAAUGUUGAAGAGUUACAAAAUCUUCGAACUAAGUUUUAUGAAAAGUAUCGAUUUCCUGGGGUAAUUGGGUGCAUUGAUUGUACUCAUGUGAGUGUUGUAGCUCCACAUGCUAAUGAUGAGCAUGUUCCUGAGCAUAUAUAUGUGAACCGGAAAAAUUAUCAUUCACUUAAUGUACAACUGAUUUGUGAUCACAACCUGAAAAUAUUAAAUGUAAUUGCAAGAUUCCCAGGUUCUACUCACGAUGCACACAUUUGGAGACAAUGUGCAGUCUCCAAUUUAAUGGAACAGUUAUAUAGGAGAGAUCCUGCAAACGUUUUUCUCUUGCUAGGCGACUCAGGAUAUCCUACUCGCCCAUGGUUAUUAACUCCGAUAUUAAAUCCUGAAAACCCUGGACAACAACAGUAUAAUGAAAGAGUAUGUUCUGUAAGGUCCAUCAUUGAACGGUGUAAUGGUGUACUUAAAAAUCGAUUUAGAUGUUUAUUAAGGUAUCGCACUUUACACUAUCACCCAACAACAGCUGCCAAAAUUGUAAAUGCAUGUUGUGUUCUCCACAAUUUAUGCAUUGUUAGAAAUACACCAGAACCAGAUGAUCCUCAUAUAGAAGAGCCUGAUUAUGGCAUGUAUAAUAUACCAAACUUUAACAAUAACAUCCAACGGGUAGUUAACCCUGAUUUGGCAGCUGCAAGGGAUUUGCAGCAGAACAUUAUUGCAAAUCAUUUUAAUGAGUAAGUUUGAUUGUACAUAAUAGUUAGUUAAUGUUAAUACAAGAGUAAGUACUUUUUUGUUAAUUCAUAAGUAUGUUACAUAGAUCUAAAUUAGUAUUAUAUUACGAUUGUUAGGCGUAUUCAAGUAUCUUGUCUUUAGUUUAUAGGUAGGAGUUAAAGAUGUUUAACCAGA